CUGCCGAAUAAGAAAGGUAUAGCAAUCGAGAAUAAAUAGAUAUAUUCUUCCGUUGUUAUAGUAAGUGGAUUGCAAUGUCGAAAGUUUUUGUUCUGCGUACAGUAAUAGGCGACGAAUACUAAAGGCUGAAAUAACAAAUACGGAACAUAUGUCCAUUUAGGAGUACAUAUAUAUCUUUGCGAAACAAUAAUAUGGAAUCUCUAAUAUUAUUAUUAAUUUACAUUUCGAUGAGCGCUGCGUUACAACCGUAUUUUGUUACCGAUCAUGAUCAAUAUUUGAAUACGGACAGUGAAAAUUGCUGGGUUGUUUCACUUGAUGAUCGUUUACUGAUUAAUAAAGUACAGCCAAUUAAAUAUACCAUAAGUUUCGCAGUAUAUCCAAAUAAUGAUCUAUUCUCUGGUAUAUCUGAUAUUAAGAUCAUGGUUGAAAAUCCAACUAGAGAGAUAAGUUUGCACGCUUACGAAUUGCGUAUCAUGAAUGGUUCGAUAAUUCUAAAGAAUUUUAAUACAUCCUCAUUUGAAUCGUACAUAUUCCUUGGUUACCGUUAUUGCAAACGAUCGCAGAUUUUAGAUUUGCAAUUUGAUAAAACUAUACCUGCUGGAAUUUAUCUCUUAACAAUCCAGUUUGACAUUAUUUUUUCUAUGCAAAAGGUUAUAAAGAAAUACGAAUACAAGAAUGGUGGAACAAAUCUUAACAGAACAGAGUUAUACAUCACGCAACUUAACAAGGCUCGGAGAUUGUUUCCAUGUUGGGAUGAGCCCGGAAUAAAGGCAAUUUUCGAAAUAAGUGCUUCGUAUCCUAAGCAGUACAAACUUUUUUCAAAUAUGCCUAUAAUAGUCGAAGAUAUCUGCGACUCAAUGUCUUGCACAUCAUAUUUUAACGAAACACCUCCGAUAUCUCCUUCCAACGUUCUGUUUGCUCUGCUUGAAAAUAACGUUAAAAAUAGUGAAAUAUUUCCAAACGACUUCAUUUGGCACCUGUCAGAAAAUGAAACGCUACAAGAUAUGAUAAAUACAAUCGCAAUUGUCAAUUGGCAAUUGAUAUAUAUUACGAGCUUUUCCAAUAUAUUCCAGAAGAUAGAUCGCAUAUUAUUCCCAAAUCAUGCAAUAAAAUCAAUAGGAUGUCCAGGCCUUAUGAUAUACAGAGAAGAAGAUGUUCUGUAUAAACGAGAUAUUGAUUUUCCUGGACGCAAACUUUAUAUGAGCGAGAUCAUUUCACACCAAGUGACACGUGAGCUGUUUAUAGGAAUGGUUACAGGAUCUUGGUGGACCGACCUGUGGUUAGGCGAAUCACUUUCGAAGCUUUACAGUCAUUAUAUCUUGGACAAGAUUUCCGGCGAUUCACAAUUGAUGGAACUCUAUGCAAGCCAAAUUCUUCAGCAAACUCCUCACUUUGAAAUUAAUUGUUACAUGAAAUCUCUUUCUGAAUAUAAUAUGUUAGAUGCGGAUAAAAUUGACAUUGAUCUCUGUUCUCGUUGGUACUAUAAUAAAGGAUAUGCUCUUUUAUAUAUGAUAGAGCACAUAGUCACGCGGGAUAAAUUUCAAUAUGCUGUUAGAAAAUAUUUAAAUAAAUUCAUAUUUCGUUCUGCCACUCUUAACGAUUUCUGGUCUACCUUACAACUUGUGUUUGAUAAUGGAACUUAUCAAGAGAUUAGAAUAGAAGAAAUUAUGGAUACGUGGUUAACUAAUAGAUAUUAUCCUAUUGUGCAAAUCUUCCACGAUCAUCACAAGAAUUUAUUGACAUAUAUUAUCACAGGAAGUGACAAUAUGAUGCCAUCCAUUUGGAAAGUACCAAUAACAUACGAAACAUAUUCAAACUCCGCGCGUCAUUCUAACUCCAGUAAUAUUUUGAUAAUUAAUUCUUCAACUGGAAAUAUUGUAGUGGAUAAGAAUAUUACUUUUGCUAUAUUUAAUAUAAAACAUCAUGGAUAUUACCGUGUUAAUUACGAUAAAGGAACUUGGUUGCGAAUCGCAACUUUUUUAAACCGUGGAACACAUGAAAUAUAUGCCCUCAACCGUGCGCAAUUAAUUGAUGACGCGUAUUAUUUUAUGACACAAGGCUAUUUAUUAUCGUCUAUAUUUUGGAAAAUCGUAAAACACCUACAGUUCGACAAAAAUUAUAUAGUCUGGUACCCAAUGUUUAAUAUUCUAUCGAACAUGUGGCCCGUUUUGAAUCAUCCGAACGCAGAGUAUAUGAAGACAAACGUACUUGAAAUGUUGAACGGCAUACUUCAAGAGUUGGAAUUCAAAGAAAAAGAUGAAAAGGACAAUAUGUCUAAAGCAUUGAGACUGUUAGCAGCAAGAUGGGCUUGCAAGUUAGGGCAUAUAAAGUGUCGAAUGGCUGCUACGUCGGAUUUGUUUCUCAGUUUUACCGAUCCUGUUAAAAACAAAUUUCCAGCAUGGUGGAAGGAUUGGAUAUAUUGCGCCGGUAUGAUGUUAGGAAACGAAGAUUUAUCGCAGCGGCUGUUUGAAAAAUAUAAAAAUACUACAGAUGUAAACUAUAUGAAGUAUCUCUGUUGCGCGGAAGAUAUAGAGGUUCUCAUGAAAAAUAUGGCUGAUUUGUUGUCACUCACACCAACGCAAGACAAGCGGCUAAAACUUUAUCGUAUUAUUACAAAGAAACCUCAUGUUGUGAAACACAUUAUGGAGAAUUAUUUGAAAAUAGAUCAUUCUUGGUGGAAUGACACUUCUUUAUACUUAGACUUAUUAGGUGAUAUAAUAAUGAAUAUAUAUUUAGAUGAUGAUUUCGAGAAGAUUAUAAGUUUUGCACAAAAUUUGGCCCACCUGUCAUAUCUAAACAUGAAUAACAUAUCUGUAAUAAAUCAAGCUCAAGAGCAAAGAAUUCGCAGAAUGGAAAAUAUGUUUCAGAUUUCAGUUUCGAUGAAUAACGAAGAAAACGUAUAGUUUCUCAAUAAACAUAUUUACAAGAUGUGAUAGAAUUCAAAUAACCAGUCGAACUAAAGACUAUUGCAACU